AUGAACUUCAAUACCUUUCACAACAUUGUCAAUGGCGAGCCCCGUGGUUCCGAGUCAACCAAAGAAGGCAUUAAUCCUCUCAAUCGAUCUUCACUAUGGCCUGUUCCUGUCGCUACUGCGGAUGAUGUCCAAGACAGUGUGCGCGCCGCCAAGGAAGCAUUUCCUGCAUGGUCGCAGACGCCAUACGAGCAGCGAACUGAGUUGUUGGAGAAAUUCGCCGACCUUUAUUCCUCUCACGCCAGCGACUUUUGUCAGCUCCUCGCCGCUGAGUGUGGAAGGACUGUUGAGAAUGCAGCGAUAGAGGUGUAUUUCUCUACACAAUGGCUGCGGUACCCACGCAAGUACAAGAUUCCUGAAGAACAGAUCGAGGAUGAUGCUAAAGUAUCCAUUGUCUCUUAUGAGCCUCUUGGAGUGGUUGCGGCUAUCUGUCCAUGGAACUUCCCGCUGAUGCUUGCGAUGGGAAAGAUCGCACCGGCUUUAGCUACAGGCAACUGCGUCAUCCUCAAGCCAUCCCCUUUCACACCCUACUCGAGCCUGAAGCUUGUCGAGCUAGCUCAGCAGGUAUUCCCUCCAGCAGUGCUUCAAGUCCUCAACGGAGGCAAUGAUCUAGGUCCUCUACUGGUCAAGCAUCCCGAUAUCCAAAAGAUAUCAUUUACUGGAUCAACUGCUACUGGAAAGCAGAUUCUGCGAGACGGAGCUGAUACUAUGAAGAGAAUUACUCUUGAGACUGCUGGUAACAACGCCUCCAUCGUCCUCCCCGACAUUGACAUAAAAGCAGUCGUUCCUAAAAUCUCAGGAAGCUUGUGGUUCAACGCGGGUCAGGUCUGCAUCGCUACACGUCGACUGUAUAUCCACCAAGACAUCUUCGACGAGGUAGUGGCACAGCUUGCCAAAGCCACAGCCGCAACCGCAAAGGACCUCAUCUCAGGGGUCGGACCGAUUCAGAACGAGAUGCAGUUUGAGAAACUCAAAACGGUACUUGCAGACGCACAUGCAGCAGGCCUUCAGCUCCUGCCGCCUAGUCACACGGACAUGAAUGAAGGAUUCUUUAUCCAGCCCACCAUUGUUAGAAACCCACCACCACAGGCAGAUAUUGUCCAACAGGAGAACUUUGGCCCCAUCGUUUCAUGCAUAAAGUUCUCUUCUCUCGACGAAGCGCUAGAUCUAGCCAAUAGCAGCGACAGUGGUCUGGCUGCCAGCGUAUGGAGUGGGGAUAUUUCAGCCGCAAGGCGUGUUGCUGCUAAACUCGAGGCCGGUAAUGUGUACAUCAACGGACCGCCCCAACCGGAUCCCCAUGUGCCGUUUGGAGGUCAUAAGCACAGUGGGUUGGGGGUUGAGUACGGAUUGCAGGGUUUGUUAUCCUUCUGCCAGACCAAGGCUGUGUACCUGUACAAGUUAUAG